AUGGGACGCAAAUACCUUUUGCCAAUCGACACCAGCGAGAACUGCAAACGAGCCGCGAAGUUUUACUCCGAAAACCUUCAUCGAGGUGAUGAUACAAUAAUUUUCCUCCAUGUGAUUGAACCGAACUUGAAGGCCAAUUCGAAGAACAUAGCGAGGAAGGAGGACUCCGAAAUCCACGAAACGACCUCUCAAUUGCAGAAGACAGUAGACAUGGGGAAGGCGUUGGGCCACAAGUACCUCGCAUGGGGUAGAGAGGCGGGAUUCGAUGCGAAGGCUUUUGUACGUUCGGACUCGAAGCCUGGGGUGGCCAUCAUAAAGGCGGCAAAGGAGCUCGAAGUGGACCAUAUCAUCGUUGGCAGCCGCGGACUCAACGCCCUUGGCCGGACACUGCUGGGCAGCGUGAGCAGCUAUGUGAUUCACCAUUCUCAAGUUCCUGUCACUGUCGUGCCCUGCCCCGAUGAAGAAAAACCCACUGGUAGCAUGCGACGGCUGUCGCUCUACUAA